ACUUUAAAAAAUAUCCGGUAUGGGCUUUUUAUUUAUUUUGCAUCUGCUCUCUUUCCCGGUUUUCCAGGUCGAUUCGUCUUGUUUUUCGCUGGCAUAACUGGUUACCAAAUAAACAAUCUGCAAGUUGCACAAAAAGCUAAAGCAUUUCUCCACCGCGCACGUGCGGGAUCCACCAGAUCGGUGGCUGCGGCGUCUUCGUGAUUUUUCCGGCGUUUUUCGGAGAGCUCGCUUAGUGUGCUGCCAUGCUCGGAAGCAAUCGGUCGGGCUUUUCUUCGCUCUCUUGUAAAGAUUCUUUAUCUCGGGAAACGUGCGCCGUAUAUGUAAAUUUCUCGCUGAUAUUUUGUUUAUCCAAAAACAAAAAGGGGGGAAAAAAUUACUUAAAAGAAUAAUAAUUGAAUGGCAACUGUGGUGAAUGCGACGGAUGCUCUGUUGGGAAGAAAAUUAAUUUUGGUUACAACUCGCUUAGCACAUAUUGCGCUAGAAGUAAUCCCAGUGCAUAUUCCCCAAUUUCCAAUUGCGAAAUAAUUUGUUUAUAUUGGGAAUUUCUGUAUUUGAUUUUCAACCUGUUGUACGCGAUAGUUUGAAAGUGAAUGCCUCGAGAAUCGUAAUCAACCUAUAUAAAAAUUUGAAAAUGUGAACGAAUACAUAUGCGCAAUGGGAGGAAAAUAUUUUGAAAAAUGAAAUCACAAAAGUGAAAUCGUUGGAGAGUUAAAACGAGAAGCCGGCGCCACCGUGAACGUUAGCAAACAUCAUUAAAUUCUGGCUAUAUGCUUCGCUUUUAUUGGCCAUUAUGAAGCAGUUGUUCAAUAUAAUACACUGUGAUCAUUUAAAUGGGCAUGUACGCUCCAUUUAUGAUAAUUUAAAUACAGAUGUUUGUGGCAUUGACCGUGUGAGGCGAGUCUUGGCGUGUUUAAAAAUCAUUCUAUUACUUUGUUGCUGUUUAUUUGUUUCUAUCAAGUACAAAAAGUGCCACAAAACAUUAUUAAUGUUCCACAAUGGACGAGCUGCUGUUUCCUUGAUCCUUUUGGCAGCAAAUAGUUUAGAAUUCGCCCGGACCCUGCUGCCCCAUCACAGUGUCCCCCAGAUCAACCUACUUUUUGAUUCCAGUCCCCGUGAGCAAAACUUCUUGAUUGUAAUAGGGUCGGGAGAAGUAUGGAAUGCCAUUCUAUCAACGCUUUUGACUCUAAUGCUAAUGCUGUAUCAUCGUAUUGUGGAGCGCAAAAAGGCGACAGUUUUUUUAUAUGCAAGUACUGCCGUCGAGAUAUUGACAUUUGUCCUGCGAACCAAUGAGCUGUCUGAGUUGGUGUACUACGAGGAUUUGUGGGAGCUGCAGACGUGCCUUGUGGGUAUUUCCGCCACGUGUAUGCUAGUCUUGGCCUUCUUAGACGGUUAUACCAUCUACAAAGAGCAAUAUCAUGACGACUAUAUGGACGAUUAUGAGAGAAUCGGCUAUAAGCAUUCUCUGGCCACUUUUUACUCCAAAUCCUGCUUUUGGUGGCUAACACCACUACUAUGGUUGGGCUACAAGGAGCCACUGGAACUGGAGGAUUUGGGGCAAAUGAAAUUGGAAGACAGUGCUAGAUCGCAUUACGACCACUUUUUGUACAUCUACACAGAGAAGGCGAAAAAGUCAAAUACGAAGCCCUCUUUAUGGUAUUGCUAUUUAAAAAACAGUUGGCAAAUGUUUGCCUUGGGGGGUAUUUUAAAAUUGGCUGGGGAUUUAUUCUCCUUGGUUGGUCCAAUUGCCAUUCAGAAAAUUGUUCAAUAUAUCGAAGAGCUCUAUGCCAGUACUACGAUGCCCCACUCGGUCAAUAAUGAACCCGCCCAACUCACCAGCACCACCGGUGUAAGCAACGAUUUUGAUGAGGUUUUCGGCACCAAUAUUGGACAAGUGAGAAUUUACUGUAGAACUUGGUCGGAUCUGGUGGCGAAUGGCUGGUGCAUCGCUUGGAUUGUUCUGCUGACCGCAUUCACACAGGGCGCUUUGUCGCAGGCUUCGACGCACAUCCUCAAUAUGACCGGCAUCAGGAUAAAAACUUCUCUACAGGGUCUAAUUUAUAGAAAAAGUUUGCUUUUAAAUGCGGGCGGUGGAGGCUGCGGUGGCAACGAAUCCUCAACUGAGUGUCCUUCCGUCUCAGCGGCUGAGAAACAAAAGAUUGCCAAAUCCAAGGAUAAUUCAGAGGACUCAAACGGCGGUAAUGACAUUGGAAGUAUUACCAACCAUAUGACGGAGGACACUCUGAACAUCAUGCAAUUCUUCCUGAUCAUUCAUUAUGCCUGGGCCAUUCCCUUCAAGAUUAUAGUAGUCAUAUACUUAUUGUAUUUGAAUUUGGGAAUCAGUGCAGUUAUUGGCUCUAUUGUUUGCAUUCUGAUAAUGACACCGCUGCAGUUUAUAAUUGGAAAUGCAAUGUCUAAAAAUGCCGAGGUUAUUGCAAAAUAUACAGAUGAGCGUUUAAAGAAAAUCCAUGACACACUGGUUGGCAUCAAAGUCAUAAAACUGAAUGCCUGGGACGAGGUCUUCCUAAAAAAGAUUCAAGUGGCGCGCUCGAAAGAGCUCAAGUAUCUCAACAAAGACGCUACAUUCUGGACCUUGAUGGCUGUUCUUACCCACAUUGCAACCGUGUUGAUUACUUUUGUAACCCUGGGCGUUUACGUUUGGUUAGCCCGAGGAGAGUCCUUCGAUUUGAAUGCCAGCAGGCUCUUUUCGUCCCUGGCCCUUUUCCAGCAGCUGACGGUUCCUCUGCUGAUAUUUCCCAUUACGGUGCCCAUCAUUAUAGCAGCUAGGGUGUCCACUCGGCGACUGGAGCGUUUCCUACGAUCCGGCGAGAUCCAGAAGCAGUUCGAGGGCAUCCGAAAUAUGGCCAGGAUAUUGAGCAAAAGUGACGCCUCUCUGGACAUGUACGAGACCCAGGAGAAGUCCAAUCUGACAAUGCGUACGGCCCAGGCGGAGAAUAGACUGAAUGAGAAGCGACUGGCGCAGCAAAGCCGGAGCCCUGAACCUCCAAUGGAGGAGAAGUCUCUACCAACCACAUCGACAACCCCGUUAUUGCAGCAAAAUGAGGAGCAGGCAGUUGUUGAGCUCUCCUCAUCCUCCUCCCAGGAGCUGGGGCACAAUAAGCUGGUCCAGCAGCGCCGAGAGCUUCUUCGAAAUACUCCGUACGUGGCCAUCCGACCAAAGAUGCGAGCUGGCGGCGGCAGUGUGGUGGAGAAGCCUCUAGAGUUCUCUGUGAUCCGGGCCAGAAACACGGACAGCUGGCGACGGGACUCUCUUUUGCUCAAAAUGCCCGACGACAUCGCGGUUUCCAUCAACGACGGCCUCUUCACGUGGCAGCCCCAAAGCCAGAUGCCCGUGGUGCAGUUGCAUGUGGCAGGGAUAGUGGUGCCGAAAGGAAAGUUGACCAUCGUUGUGGGCAAGAAUGGGAGUGGAAAGACCUCUCUGCUGUCUGCUCUUCUCAUGGAGAUGCCUCUAUUGGCAGGCAAUAUGUUUUGGCACAAAACCUGUACCAUAUCCUAUGUAUCGCAACACCCCUGGCUUUUGAAUGACACCAUACGGGAGAAUAUACUUUUUGGCGAGUCCUUUCGGCCAAAUCGGUAUAAUUUCGUUAUAGAAGCCUGUGCCCUCAAGCUGGACAUCGAGCUAAUGCCGCGCGGAGAUUAUACGAUUAUCGGAGAACGAGGAAUCAACAUGUCAGGGGGACAAAGGCAACGAAUCGCCAUUGCCCGGGCCUUGUACUCCUCGGCUAAUGUCGUCAUAAUGGACGACCCCUUAGCUUCUCUGGACAACGAGGUGGGUGAUCAUAUAUUCGAGCAAUGUAUACGUCAGAUGUUACAAAAAUCAAACAGGACCUUUAUCCUAGUGACACAACAAUUGCAUCGCAUUAAAGAGGCAGAAUAUUUAAUUGUUAUGAAAAAUGGAAAGGUGGAAGCUUGUGGUAGCUAUUCGGAAAUCGAACUUAUGCAUCCGAGGAUAACCGCCAAAUGGACUUCAAUCCUGGCAAUGGGCAAGGCCAAGAGAGAAUACGUUACACAAAGUUCUGUUGAGCGGACGGCUUGUGAGCGCUGGAAAUUGCUGAAGAAUGUCAGCAAGUUGGGCCUGCAACGCUCUAUAUCAGUGACCAUGGAUCCCAGUGGAGGGUGCAAUGCGGAUACCAUUGAUGGAAGCGGCUGUAUUUCAGUGACCAAUAUGCCCUCAAAUGUUGUCCAAGAGGAGGAGGAAGAUGAUCAAAUAUCUGCUUCCUAUUCAAUGGGACCCUGUGGCACUUUUAAUCUUCAACGAAAAAGAUCGAGUAUUUACGGAUCUCGGCACUUAAUGUAUGAUGUUCCCCUGCCCAUCGAUGAGUGUCAGAACGAUGAUGUUAUCAUGCGACCUCGUCGAAGGCACACACUCAGCCGGAGGGGCAGCAGGACUACCAAUUCAUGGCAUCGCCUGAGCGGACUGAGCACUCUGACCGCCACUUCUGCCUCCAGUUCCAACAGCGGAGAUCUCCUCAAUCGCAGCGCCCUGGCCACCAGUUGUAGCAGCUACGCGGAAAGCAGUGGCGGUGACCUGGCCCCCAUAGUACCUCCAGAGCCACGUGUCCAGUCGUGGCAGCCCCCACAGACCGUUCACCAUCAGCCCCUGUCCCGAAAUGCCUCAUCCCCGCCCGCCAUUGAGGCACCUGCCAAAGCUGUGGAGAUUCAGGACGGACAUGAGCUGGAAAAAGCGGAAGAUCCUUUGGAUGAUCAGGGGCGUGGAGGCUUUCAGCAAUUCCUGCGAAGAAUGUCUAUGCGACGUUCCAACAAACCAAAGAACCAUCAUCAUCCCCUAAGUGCUACCAAUUCUAUAUUGAGCAUUUCCGAGGAGUCUCCUCCCAUUGUCCACUUUGCCGCCAUUGACCUGAGCUCUCCGCGUGGAAUUUCUCAACCCGAUGGCCAGAAAUCCAAAAGCGAGUUGGCCGAAAUGGCUUCCGACGACAAGCCAAAGAAAAGUGUAAAUAUUGACUCAAAGGAAACCACAAUAAAUUGCGCUGACAAUUGUGAAUCAGGCUCGAACAAAGAAUCGGAGGCAAACGUGACAUCAUUGCCUGUGCCGGAAAAUGCUGAAGGACGCGUGACGCCGGCAGGUGGCUGCCAUGAGGCAGGACGAGCUGCAAUUGAUACCGAACGCAAAUAUGGAAAAAUAUCGGACGACAUAUAUCUAAUGUAUAUACGAGCCGCCGGACUGCCCAUAAUCACCGUCUUUUUUAUCACCGCACUAAUUUGGCAGUGUUUGCGUGUCUACACGGACGUUUGGCUCCAGCACUGGAGCGAUGUCCAUGUCGGUGGCAGGACCCUAGAUGGAUCGCCGGAUGGCAGGACGAUGGUUGGACCCAUUGUAACCGUAGAGACGACGGUGACGGAGGUGCACGAAGUCACGUACUAUUUUCGCAUGUAUGCUGCAAUUUCGUGUGUUUGCAUUAUAAUGGCCAUGGUAUCAACACCGGCAGGACAAUGGGCCGGCUGUAAUGCCCGUCGUAAUUUGCACGAUAAGCUGCUGCAAACGAUUUUGCAUAAAACGUUGCAUUUUUUCCAAGUGACACCGCUCGGGCGCAUCGUGAAUCGUUUCAGCAACGAUAUGGCCGUCAUUGAUAAGAAAAUUGCCGCCACUGGCCAACGAUUGUUGCAAUUCACUUUGCUUUGUCUAUCUGCCAUCCUGAUAAAUGUCACGAUUACUCCGUGGUUCCUGGUCCUGACACUUCCCAUUUGCGGGGCCUACUAUGUGGUUCAGAAGUUCUACAGGUGUUCAGCGAGAGAGUUACAGCGAAUUGAAAACGCCACCAAUUCCCCAGUCAUAUCUCACUUGGCCGAGACUAUCCAAGGGGUAACCACUAUUCGAGCAUACAACCAACAGACUCGUUUCACGGAGAUUCUAUUCAAGCGUCUGGAGGCAAACACAAUUGCAUUUGCUUUAUUAAAUACCAGUCAUCGAUGGCUGGGCGUAUCCCUGGACUAUUUGGGUGGCUGCAUUGUUUUUGUGGCCACUGUGACGGCCCUGGCAACGGCGAGUCUCAGUUGCAGUAACUAUAGAAUGCGGCAUGACAGCGAGGCAACCGAAACUUAUGCUGUCAAUAAAAGCCCGCCAGACACCGCCGCCUCCGGCUCUGAUUCUGGCUCUACCUCGGAACUGAAUCCCACACCGUCGCUGGUGGGACUGGCCAUAAACUACACGUUGUUGGUGCCGAUUUACCUUAAUUGGGUUGUAAAACUUUUGGCUGAUAUGGAGAUGUAUGCGGGCUCCGUGGAACGCAUCGCCCACUAUGCUCAGGAUGCGGAGGAGGAUAUGGAUCUGGGGACGCUCGAAGGCGGAGAAGAUGUGAGAGCUGAAGUCGAUAGGUCGUCCUUGUCCACGUCGAUGUCGACUGCCGGUGACAAAGUUUACCCAGGCGCAACGACAGCUGCCGGUGAUGUUGAUGAAGAUGGAACUGGAAAUGCGGCAGGAGUAGGAACAAGAGAAGGAGCAGGACCAGUGGCAGGAGGAAAUAACGGGACUGAAGCAAAUGCUGAUAAAUUAAAUGCAGGCAAUGCAACCGGCGACAGCGACGGCAAUCACUUAAACUUCCCCUUAAACUUCCCCACGGCGACAGCUGGCGACGCCGACAAGGUGGAACAGGCGACGACAAAGACGUCGGUGAUUAAAGAUAAGCAACUGCCGCCGCAGGACGAGAACGAGAAGGUCGUCCUGCCAAAUGAGCCAGCCAGGAAGCUUGAGCGCUACCAAAGUGUACCAAUUUCGUGGCCUCAGAGAGGCGACAUCAAUUUUGAUAAUGUCAGUCUGCGGUACGAAGGACAGGAGGAAAAUGUCAUCAGCAACCUAACAUUGAAAAUUCCAGCAGGCCAGCGGAUUGGGAUUUGCGGUCGAACGGGUAGCGGCAAAUCAUCCUUGGGCCUGUCCUUAUUCGGAGUCCUGCAAACGACCAGAGGCCACAUCUACAUUGAUGAUGUGGAUAUCAAACGAAUCCGACCAGACGAGCUGCGAACCAGAUUGUCGAUUAUACCGCAGGAUGUGCAUUUGUUCAAUGCAACCAUACGUGAAAAUCUAGAUCCACAUGGUUACUUCCAGGACCUGCAGUUGUGGAAUUGCUUGGAGCUGGCGCAGCUGAAGGAGUUCGUCAACGGCCACCUUCCUCUUGGCCUGGAUACUGUGCUGUGUGAUGGGGGCAUUAACCUGAGCGCAGGACACAGACAACUGCUGUGCCUGGCACGUGCCAUUCUGCGGGGAUCUGCCUGUCUGGUCCUCGACGAAGCAACAAGUGCUCUGGACAGCUCCACUGAAAAUGCACUCCUGAAGGCAGCCGACCAGGCCUUCCAAGGGCGCACCAUCAUAACAAUCGCCCACCGCCUGUCCACCAUUCUGGACUAUGAUAGAUUGAUUGUCCUGGAUCAGGGGCGGAUAAUAGAGGAUGGAAAUCCCAGGGAGCUGCAACAGUUGCCGGGAUCUGUUUUUAAUAAUUUACUGCAAAAGGGCUCGGAUAAGUAGAUUAUUUUUCGUGCCUUAUAUUUAUAUUUAUUGAAAGAAAAGUUGAAAAUAUUUUUAAAAGCAACAUGUCAGCUGAAUUUAUUGUAAAGUAUAUAUUUUUGUAAAGUAUUUAUUCCCAUAUUAUUUUCUACUAGUCGUAAAUUGAAUAUAUUUCUUAUAAUUUGUUAAAUAUAUGUGAUCUGAGCAUUUUGUACUAGUCCAAAAAAUCCAUGUAUUUAUUUAUUAAACAACUUUCCAUAUUUUGUAUUGUAGUUUGAAAUAAAUCAGAAUA